AUGGUUAAUAUUGAAAUGAAUUCAAAUUAUUUUACCUCCUCACGUGGUAUAAUUAAGAUAAGUCAAAUAAUUGCUGGACUAGUUGUUUCAUCAUUUCUUUGUAGUGGAUCAGGAUUAUGUUUUGGGGAGGGUCGUGUUGGAUCUGCAUCAUUCUUCAAUUCUAUUUGUGUUAUUAUUAAUAUAGUUCUUUUAAUUCUUAAUUUUCUUAGUAUAACAAAUUAUAAAUUUGAAAAGAUAUAUUCUAUUGUUUCUGCUGUACUUUUUAUUAUUGCUGUUGCUUUAAUGAUAUGGUAUUUCCUUCAAUAUCAAAUAAGAUUCUGGAAUAUAAUAACAACAGUACUUAUGAUUAUUCAAAUUAUUUUGUUUAUUUGGGAUUAUAAAAUUCUUAGUGGUGAAGCACCAAAUGAACAAAGAGUUAUAUAA